AUGGGUUCAAUUGUCCUGCCUCACCUCCAAUCGGCUUGGCAUGUCGACCAGGCUAUCCUUUCCGAAGAGGAGCGUUUGGUCGUGAUCCGCUUCGGUCGCGACCAUGAUCCUGACUGUAUCCGCCAAGAUGAGCUGCUGUACAAGAUUGCUGAGCGCGUGAAGAACUUCGCAGUGAUCUACCUUUGCGAUGUUGAUCAGGUUCCGGACUUCAACCAGAUGUAUGAGCUUUACGACCGCAUGACCAUCAUGUUCUUCUAUCGCAACAAGCACAUGAUGUGUGAUUUCGGUACCGGAAACAACAACAAGUUGAACUGGGUGCUGGAGGACAAGCAAGAGCUGAUCGACAUCAUCGAGACCAUCUACAAGGGUGCCAAGAAGGGCCGUGGUUUGGUUGUCAGCCCCAAAGAUUACUCGACCAGAUAUCGAUACUAA